UCCAUGUUCUGACCUUAUUCUGACCUGCAUAUUCAGCAGCAGGGGAACUUCAUGUGUUCAACUUUAUGUGAAUAAACCAAUAAACUCAUCAGAACUGUACGUUUUAUGCAAAUAAACAAGUGAUGCUAUUUCCACAGGCUGACGAUGCCACUCUUUGGCUGGAUGAAGUGGCCCAAGGCGGACGCCUACAAAGCCACAGCCAACGCUGGCUCGGACGCAGCAACGCAGACCCUGCUUCGGGAGCUAACGUGGCACCUGAAGGAACGAGAGAGGUUCAUCCAAGAGAUCGAAAAUGAGCAAAAAGGGAAGAAAGCAGGCGUGGACUGCAACUGGCUGAGAAGCCACCAGAGUCCCCACGCGGCCAUCCCAGCCACUGAACAGAGACAACUCGAAGUCCUCUGCUCCCAAGUGCAGGCCUGCCAAACCGCAGCUGUGCUCAGCAGAUUUCGAGAAGUUUUGGCAGAAAAUGAUGUAUUGCCGUGGGAAAUAGUCUACAUCUUCAAGCAGGUCCUGAGAGAUUUCCUGAGUGCCGCUGGCAGAGGGGGCGCCCCCGGGGGUCUGCAGGCGCCCUCGGGGGCCGGCAAGGAGGAAAUACCCACCAUCUCAAGUUACGUGGACAAAGACACACAGAGCAGGUACCUGGCGCUCUCUCGCGGAACGUGGAGCCUGCCGCAGCCUCACCCGCGCAGUUAAGCCACCGGCAGCCGAGCGGUGUCUACAGCCACCGAGAGCACGCGCCUCCGGGACAGCAACGGCCUCUGCCUCUGUCGCGAGGUCAGAAGCGGCCCCGACUGCAGCGCUCCCUUCUAAGAUGCUCUAAGCACACUACGCUUUCCCUGAACGGUAGGCGCUUAGCUAAAACGUGUCCCGGUAUCUAGAGUGUGCAGUAUUUCCUUGUACUCAGACACCUCUCCAGGAACUACGGCAACCUUACCUGCUAUGCGGUUUGGAAUCCUACGUGGGACAGGGUGAAGCUGGACUGUUAUUCUAACAGAAGCUAUGGGUAGAAUAAAAUGGUUAAUGUGGAUCUUAUCUUUACAAUAAAAACGGAAAUGAAGCCAACAGCCCACUGCAUGAUUUCGUUCUCAGCAGGGACGGGAGACCAGGGCGCUGGAUCUCCGCCGCAGGCUCCUUCCCGCCACACUCUUAUCUCAGUGCUAAGUUAAGUGCAAUAAAC